AUGGAUGAGGCGAUAGCGACUCGAAACUUUGACGACUUGAGGGAGCUUUUCAAAGCAGAAAAGAAACUUGUAAAAGACGACGAAUUCGUGUUGAUAAAAAUCGAUGGACUACUGAAGAAGAGAGGAUACAAAAUAAUCGAAUUACCAUCAGAACAGAAAGAAGAUUUCGCCAGGCAACACUAUCAUUUUGUUAUGAGUUGUAUGAAACUGGGUUAUUGCUCCAAAUCCACACCGAUCCUGACACUUCAAGAUCUCUUGGAAAUGAGCUCAAUUGAGGAGUGCAAACAGUUGUUCGGACUCGUUGAGGAGAAUAUGAAUGAGUUCAAACAGCCGGGAUUCAUUGAAACUUACCAAAACACUAUUCUCCGUCUUUGUAAUGAUCUUUUACGGCGGUUGAGUCGGACGGCUGAAACGUCGUUUUGUGGAAGAAUCAUGUUCUUUUUGUCAAGAUUUCUCCCACUAACUGAAAAGUCUGGAGUCAAUUUCAUGGGACACUUCAACACACUCAAUAUCACCAAUUAUGAAGAGACCGAAACCACUGCAGAAUCACUACUCACCGCCGCUUCGUCACGACGUCCUACACCGGUUGACGGAGAAGAAAUGGAGACAGGAGAAAUAGAGGAGGAUCAGGCAAAAGAAAUCAACGUGACUUCGGAAAUGUAUCGCCAAUUCUGGUCGCUUCAAAAGUUCAUGUCAAAUCCAAAUUUAUUGUACGAGAAGGACAAGUUCGCAAUGUUUAAGAAGGAUUUAUCGGCUGUUUUAUCACUGAUGACUGCCAAUAAGUUGGAGAAAUUGAAUCAAGAAGAGGAGUCGGAAUACACGGAGAAUAAACAGAAAAAAGUGUCGAAUGAUGUGUUUUUCACCAAAUAUUUGACAUCGCCAAAGCUCCUGGCUCUUCAACUAAACGAUUCAUCAUUCCGACGUUAUUUUCUUAUUCAAACAAUCAUAAUUUUCCAGUAUUUGAAUGCAGAGUCCAGAUUCAAGCCACCAGCGAAAAAAAUGGUGCUAAAUGAAGAACAAGCAAAGUAUGUGACAGAUCACGAGGAUAAAUGCUACCGCUUGCUAUCUGACACAAUGCCACGUGGUGCCGUAUUUGUUGCCGGUUUGAAAAAGAUCAUUCAGAGAGAACAGGAGUGGAACACGUGGAAAAACUCGAAUUGUCCAGAUUUAUCGGAAAAAGCGGAUAAAGGAGCGAUGCAGAUGUACAAGAAACGACAACGUAUUCCAUUCAACCCGCAAUCACUCGACUUGGGAACCCCUGAGCUGACGAAACUGUGGACGAACGAACCAGAUGUGUUGCAGGCGUGUAAAUCGGAUAAAAGGAAAUUCAUUCCAACACUUGCCAAUUUUAUUCGUGAUCCACUCGAUGAAAUGGACCCAGAACAACAGGUUGAGGAGCAAUAUAAAUCAAUCAACGACAUUUCAUUCCAAUGGCGUGCCGCCCGUCUUCUAAUGCACAAAUCUCCUGGAUACGUGUCGAGAACCGACAUAAAAUCCGAACCGAACUCGAAUAUGAGAGAUUAUUUAGAGAGGAAUAUAUAUAAUGCGGCGAAGACGAUCGACGAGUUUAAAGAUGGAAUUGCAGAAAGAGAGAGAAAAGAGGCGGAGUCACGGAAAGAGAAAGAAGCGGAGGCGAGAAGGAAAGUGGAGGAGUCGUUGAAGAGGAAGUUGGAUACGAAAACGGUUAAAAAGACAGACGUCGUUUCAUCCCCAAAUCCCUACACCGAUUCUCCACUUUCCGAUGAGAAUCUGCAUAAAUUGGCUCAAGAUCUAUCGAAAUUCUCUCGAAAACUAGCGAAACUUCUAGGAGUGGACGAUGCGAAAGUUCAAAAGUCGAUGACAAAUUCAGAAGAGAAAGAGUUUUGCUUCAGAAUUCUUAAAGAAUGGGCGGAGAAGAAUAGCAGAAGUGGGAGGAGUCUGCUGAAUUUGUUGAUUGGUGAUUUAGAUUUGAUAGAAGUGGCACAGGUGACCAUGAAGAAAAUCCAUGAGUCCAACGCCUGA